GACUUAGCAGAACAUGAAUGCUACUGGGACUUUCGGGAAAAGGCCGCCUCCUAGUGACUAAAUAUGGCAAACCCAACCCAAAGCCGUUCCAUCUCCCACUUCCACUAUGCCAUUUCCGUUCCGCCUCGGCUCUCGUCGCAGCAGAAACUACCCCUUUUGCCGUCUCAAUCUCCAUGCUCUCCACUUCAAAUCCCUCUUUUCUUCCUCCUCUUCGCUUCCCAAUCCCCCUUCCCGAAUCCAACCUCAACCGGAACAAGAACUCGAGUUCCCCUCCCUCGUCGUCCGCCUCAUCCUCGCCCAUUCCGGCGACCACAUCACCUUGUCCAACCGCCUCCCCACCUCCCCAUGGCCGCCCCACCUCGUCGACCGUGUCCUCAAGCUUCUCUGGAACGACGGUCCCCGCGCCCUCCUCUUCUUCCGCGCCCUCCUCCAACUCCGCUCCUUUCGCCCCGCCGCCUCCUCCUUCGACCACGCCGUAGACCUCGCCGCGCGCCUUCGCGACCGGCGAGCCGUAGCCUCCAUCCUCUCCCACCGUGACCGCUUCGCUAUCCCCCCUUCGCCACGGACUUUCGCCAUCCUCUUCGAGCGCCAUGUCGGCGCCGGCAAGCCCGAACUCGCCGUGCGCACCUUCCUCUCCAUGCACCACCAAGGGUGCCCCCAGGACCUUUCCUCCUUCAACACGCUCCUCGACGUCCUCUGCAAGUCCCGCCGCGUCGAGAAGGCCGCCUCCCUUCUCAAGGUCUUCCGCGGCCGGUUUCGCCCUGACGCCGUGACCUACAACAUCAUCGCCGACGGAUGGUGUCGGAUCAAGCGCACUCCCAAAGCGCUCGAGGUGCUGCGUCAGAUGGUGGACUCCGGGAUCGAGCCGACGAAGAACACUUACAACAUUCUGCUUAAGGGGUUCUUCAGGAUAGGGCAGGUGAAUGAGGCGCUGCAAUUCUUCAAGCAGAUGAAGAAGAGAGGACGGAGGGGUGGUCCUGGUGAUUUGGAAUGCCGACCUGAUGUCGUCUCGUACACCACGAUGGUGCACGGGCUCGGCCUUGCCGGGCUGCUACAAAAAGCUCGGAAGGUAUUCGAUGAAAUGAUUUCCGAGGGCUGCUUGCCUUCAGUGGCAACCUACAAUGCGUUGAUCCAGGUAAACUGCAUAAAGGGUUGUGUUAAAGAUGCCAUCUUGCUGUUUGAUGAAUUGACGAGGAAGGGUUACACUCCUAAUACAAUUACUUACAAUCUGCUGAUUCGAGGGCUUUGCCACGCCGGGGAGAUGAAUGAAGCGAUGGAUUUUUUCCGAAGGAUGAAGCUCGACAACUGCGAGCCAAAUGUGCAGACGUUUAACCUUUUAAUAAGGCAUUGGCUUGAGGAGGGCAAGUUUGAGAAAGGCUUGGAGCUGUUUGGGAGAAUGCACGAGAAGGAGAGCUGUUUGCCAAAUCUGGACACUUAUAAUGUGAUUAUAAGUGCAAUGUUCUCGAGGAGACGGUCUGAGGACAUGCUAGUAGCUGGGAAGAUGGUGAUGGAGAUGGUGGAGAGGGGUCAUUUGCCAAGGAAGUUCAUGUUCAAUCGUGUCUUGAAUGGUCUGUUAGUGACCGGGAAUCAGGAGUUCGCGAAAGGUCUUUUGAGAUUGCAGGAGAAACAUAAAUGUCUUGGUCGGCGUAUUAGAUUGUGAUAUUGUCAUAUUCAAACAUAAAUGUCUUGAUCGGCACAUGCCUCUUCAAUA